AUGUUUCGGUCUUUGAGAAGCGCCCAGCAGUUUAACUGCAGCCUCCUGUCUUUACAGGGACUCCGCCUCAACUCCAAAGCCCUCGUCAGCACGUCCAGAAUGGCCAGCUCCGAGUACAGGACGGAGCGGGACACUUUCGGUGAGCUCAAGGUCCCGGCCGACAAGUACUACGGCGCCCAGACCGUCAGAUCCACCAUGAACUUCAAGAUAGGAGGCCCGAGCGAGAGAAUGCCGUUACAAGUCAUUAAGGCUUUCGGAAUCCUAAAAAAAGCAGCCGCCGAGGUGAACAAGGAGUACGGCCUAGACCCAAAGAUAGCGGACGCCAUUUCCCGGGCAGCGGACGAGGUCUCCGCCGGUAAGCUGGACGACCAUUUCCCCCUGGUAGUGUGGCAGACCGGGUCAGGAACCCAGACCAACAUGAACGUCAACGAGGUCAUCAGCAACCGGGCCAUCGAGAUGCUGGGAGGGACACUGGGUUCUAAGGACCCCGUCCACCCCAACGACCACGUCAACAAGAGCCAGAGCUCCAACGACACCUUCCCCACGGCCAUGCACAUCGCCGUGGCCACGGAGGUCCACCAGGUCCUGCUGCCGGGCCUCCAGACCCUGCACGACGCCAUGGCCGCCAAGGCCCUGGAGUUCCGAGACAUCAUCAAGAUCGGGCGCACGCACACCCAGGACGCCGUGCCGCUGUCGCUGGGCCAGGAGUUCAGCGGCUACGUCCAGCAGGUCAAGUACAGCAUGGAGCGGGUCAAGGCGGCCAUGCCCCGGAUCUACGAGCUGGCGGCGGGCGGCACGGCCGUGGGCACGGGGCUCAACACCCGGAUCGGGUUCGCCGAGAAGGUGGCCGCCACCGUGGCGUCCCUCACCGGCCUGCCCUUCGUCACCGCGCCCAACAAGUUCGAGGCCCUGGCGGCGCACGACGCGCUGGUGGAGCUGAGCGGGGCGCUCAACACCGUGGCGGUCAGCAUGAUGAAGAUCGCCAACGACAUCCGCUUCCUGGGCUCGGGGCCCCGCUCGGGCCUGGGCGAGCUGAUCCUGCCCGAGAACGAGCCGGGCAGCAGCAUCAUGCCGGGGAAGGUCAACCCCACCCAGUGCGAGGCCAUGACCAUGGUGGCGGCCCAGGUGAUGGGCAACCACGUGGCGGUCACCGUGGGGGGCAGCAACGGACACUUCGAGCUCAACGUCUUCAAGCCCAUGAUGGUGAAGAACGUGCUGAACUCGGCGCAGCUGCUGGGCGACGCCUCCGUCUCCUUCACCAACAACUGCGUGGUGGGCAUCCAGGCCAACACGGAGAGGAUCAACAAGCUGAUGAGCGAGUCGCUCAUGCUGGUCACCGCGCUCAACCCGCACAUCGGCUACGACAAGGCGGCCGCCAUCGCCAAGACGGCGCACAAGAAGGGCUCCACGCUCAAGGCGGUGGCCGUGGAGCUGGGCUACCUGACCGAGGAGCAGUUCGACCAGUGGGUGAAGCCCAGCGAGAUGCUGGGGCCAAAGUGA